UGAGCACAGCUUUUUUCUGGUAACAGAAAGUGAAACUUACUGACAUUCACUGUCGUUUGGAGGAGAAAUGGCGCAGCAAGGGAUUCAGCUUGAUCGAGAAAAACUCAGCUGUUCAAUCUGUCUGGAUCUUCUAAAGGAUCCGGUGACUAUUCCCUGUGGCCACAACUACUGCAUGAACUGUAUUAAAGACUGCUGGAAUGAGGAGAAUGAGAAGGAGAAAACAAACAGCUGCCCUCAGUGUAGGCAGACCUUCACACCGAGGCCUGUCCUGGUGAAAAACACCAUGUUAGCAGAGUUAGCGGAGGACCUGAAGAAAGUAGGAAUUCAAGCUGCUUCACCUGAUCGUUCCUAUGCUGGACCUGAAGAUGUGUCCUGUGAUGUCUGCACUGGGAGAAAACUGAAAGCCUUCAAGUCCUGUCUGGUCUGUCUGGCCUCUUACUGUGAGAAACACCUCCAGCCUCACUAUAAUCUACCUCUAUUAAAGAAACACAAGCUGGUUGAAGCCACUUCAAAGUUUGAGGAGAAUAUCUGCUCUCGUCAUGAUGAGGUGAUGAAGAUAUUCUGCCGUACUGAUCAGCAGUGUAUCUGUUAUCUCUGCUCCAUGGAUGAACAUAAAGGCCACGACACAGUCUCAGCUGCAGCAGAAAGGACUGAGAGGCAGAGAGAGCUCGAGGUGAGUCGACAAAACAUCCAGCAGAGAAUCCAGGACAGAGAGAAAGAUGUGAAGGAGCUUCAACAGCAGGUGGAGGCUAUCAAUCGCUCUGCUGAUAAAGCAGUGGAGGACAGUGAGAAGAUCUUCACUCAGCUGAUCCGUCUCAUGGAGAAAAGAAGCUCUGAUGUGAAGCAGCAGGUCAGAUCCCAGCAGGAAACUGAAGUGAGUCGAGUCAAAGAGCUUCAGGAGAAGCUGGAGCAGGAGAUCACUGAGCUGAAGAGGAAAGACGCUGAGCUGGCGAAGCUCUCACACACUGAGGAUCACCUCCAUUUCCUAAACAACUACCCCUCGCUGUCACGUCUCAGUGAAUAUAAAGAUUUUCCCAGCAUUGAUGUCCAUCCUCUGCGAUGUUUUGAAGAAGUGACAGCGGCUGUGUCAAUUGCCAGAGAUAAACUGCAGGCUGUUCUGAGUGAGGACAAAUGGACAAACGUCUCACUGACAGUGACUGAAGUGGGAUGUUUACUGCCACAACCAGAGCCCCAAGACCAAGAGCUGGAUUCUUACAAUAUUCACGGUGAACUCACACUGGAUCCAAACACAGCAACACAUGCUGUUAUUCUGAGGGGAACAAGAAAAAGUAACAAGCGAGUCAACAACAUGGUUUAUUCUAGUCACCCAGACAGAUUUGGUGAAUGGUGGCAGGUCCUGAGUAGAGAGGGUCUGACUGGACGUUGUUACUGGGAGGUGAAGUGGAGCGGGAGAGUUUAUGUAGCAGUUGCAUACAAGAAUAUUGGCAGAAAAGGGAACAGAGAGGAAUGUGGAUUUGGAUUUAAUGACAAA